AUGCCUCGCAGCGUAAGCCGCACCAUUCCCGAGCUACGCUCGCCAAUGUUAAACCUCAACCUCAACACAACGUCCCUCAGUGGGGUCGGUGGGCUGGAGAACUCGCCGCAAAGCUACUCCAGCUCGAGCGGGUUCGGCAGCAAAAACACCUCCAGCAAUAACACCCAGCCGAGUGGUGCCUCUUCGGCAGCGAUUGCAACGACGACGGGCUCGACUCACAACCUCUUGCGCGAGUGGCGCUAUCUGCCCCCGUACAGGCCGCCGCCGCCACCGCCAAGCCUGCACCAUGCAGCCCCACUAUCGAUCGGGGGCGGUCGGUUCGAAAAUCCACCCUACUCCAUGUCCCACUGGCUGGAGCUGAUCACGCGGCUCAACAUAGCGUCGGAGAAGGCCAACAUCAACAACACGGCCGACGUGGGCAGCGUCGAUGGGCACUACGAGUUCGAUCCGUCGACGCCAACGCCGACCGCCUCCACGCCCACCGGCCUGAUCCGGGACGAUUUCCACCAUCUGAUGACGCUUCCCUCCACCUCGAGCGAUCUGCUGUGGAGUGCGGCCGGGCUGGCGGGCGUCGUGUCCUCGCUGAGCGGCGGCCGGAAACGGGGCCAGUCACGGUACGACAAUAUCGAUGCGCGCGUGCAGGCCAUGAAGGAGGAGUUUUACGAGUACCGCAAGCGGCAGCAGCUGCAGGCCGUGAGUGGAACGAGCGCGGCAGAACUUGAGAGUGCCUGCUAGUGUGUAGCUAGAGCUGCUCGGCGGAUUAGUAGAGUAAGUUUGCUGUAAGUUGUAAUGUUUUCGAAGCCGGAAAAGGUUCCACGUUCUUGCCGCGCGAGACACUGUAUUUUGUUUUCAGUGUUUCCUUCAUUCGUUCUUUGCUCUGCUGGGUCAGAUUUUGGGGUCAGACCAAACCUGGGUGGUUUGAGCGGACCGCUUUUGGGGUCUUUGCAAAGCAAUAGAAAUUUGCUAUAAUUUAUAGUACGAUUUUAAAGCGCAUUUGAGAGGGAAAGUGAGCGUCAACUGUUGUUAUGUUGUGAUUUGGUGUUUUAUACAUGAGGAGGUGGAAGUAAGGUGGCUGCUGAUCGCCACAACCGGCACAACAGCGAGGAUGUGAUGAAUGCAAAUGAAUGCAAGUGUAAAACAUGAUGAUAAACCCUACACUAAAGGAAUCAAAUCGAGCGGUGAAGAAAAAACACUGACGAUGACCGACCGGGCAAAAGGUCAACGACAAUUGCGAUAAAAUCAAGUGAAUACAAAAAAAAGAAGUUAUUUCAGAACACGUAUAGAACGCACGCUCACCUUUACUGAUACUAAAAUCACCCAUUUCACAAGACAAAACUUAAAUGGAACAAAGCCCAUUUGUAAGCGAUAAAAAACAAACAAAACAAAACAAUUUUCUGCACAUAGAGAAGCGAUUCAAAUUGAUGAACAAUUGAUGAGGUAACAUGAAAAAAUAGGUAACCACGUAAUUAAUAUUUAAUGUUCUUCUUACCCCCCCACAAAAACAAUAUUCACCCACUCAGAUUGAAAGGAACCGUCGGCGCACGAAACAUACAUGGAUGGAUGCUAGCAUCGGUUUUGUGGGGAAUGGGGAGGAUGCAGGCGCAAUGCAAACGGCAGCAAACAAAACAGAAAACGCAAAAAAAAAACUCACAUCGCAAUCGCAUAUGAUCGAAAAUAGCGAACACGACACAACUCUCCCACACACACACACACACAGACACAGAAAAAAACGGCAAAGCAAAACAAAUAGUAGAACGUAAGCGAUUAUAAGUAAGAUAUAAUCCAGUAGUAGUAAUAGUAGUGUCACAGAAUGCAACGACAUCGCCGAAUUGCCGAAUGUGUCGAACACGUGGUGCAGCAAAAUGCAUUAAACCUGCAGCACAGCAGCAGCACCAGCGCAUAACAGCAUUAACGAACAAACAGAGGUACCCAAUCCCGACCCAACCAGCCAGCAAAAACGAAGAGAAUGCAAUUAAUGAACGCUCGCUGGUGGUCUCGGCAGGCAAUGGCCCCGACGUCGGGACGUUCCCGCGUCCCGUGGGGAUGGUACUGUAUUACAAGGGUAACCCGGUUAUUCUAAACUAGCAAACAAGAAAAUGUUACGAGGGGAAAAACAAAUCCAAAAUUAGGUAAUUUGAAGCAAGGGGAUGUGUUGUGUUGGUUGAGCUGUUGUUAGCACAGUGUUAGCACACAAGGUGCCCAUGCUAGAAUAUGGGAAGUGAUUUCUACAGCUCCUGCAAUGCAUUAUCUCGGGUGAUUUUGGGGAGCCAGCCGACGAAACACGGUGAAACAAUGAAUGGUGGUGAUGAGAUGUGCGAAUGAUCUGAUUGAAAAUAGUCGACACGAAAAAAAAGGUUUAUUUUUUACAAAAAAAACGUUUGAAUGCAUUAUUUUGAAACCAAUACCUGUGGAGGAGGGAGGAGUAUUGUGUACACAAGGCAGCAGCAGCACUAGAAAAAAAAAGCAGAUAAUUAGGGAAGCGGUCGCUGGAAGGAGCAAUCUGUAAACGAGCGUAUGUUUUUACGAUAACACACAGUCCAUUAGAUAUGUGAGUUCCACACAACAAUCUGCACAAAUUAGAUCGCGUUGAACGAAAUUCUUGAAGUCUUGAAGUGUAGAAAGUGCAGGGAUGAAACGCAGAGCACUUUGGUUCAAUGUUUUGUAAUGUUUGUUAUAUUAUGAACAUUAUAAAUGCUCGUCGGAUAGAGUAGUAGUUGAACUAACUGAUUGAUUUCUAUGUUGCCGUUUAUGUUGUCAGGUGGAGCAUAAACGUCUUUUUUUUUCAAGCAUUUAGUUUUUGGAGUGCUACACCAUGUUUCUUCGUACUUAUUUGUGCCAUGGCGCAAUAGCUUACAAGACAGAGAGACAGAGAGAGCGAGUGUUUCCGUUUCGUUGCUUUUGAAUUGUGUGAUUUUGUGUUGCAAAUUGCGAAACCACAACAACAACAACAAGAACAACAAUAAUAAGCAAAAUAAUUAUAACCGAAUGAUGAAGUAUUGAACUGGUUUCAGUGCUCAGUGCAGUAAAGAGGGCGUUUUAAUUAAAGAAGAAAAAACGGAGGAAGCAACACGAAAUACCCGCGCGGAGGUUGGUUGAAACGGAAGAAAAAAAAAAUCAACACUAUAACAAGCUAUAGGACAUAGCUCUAACUAGGACAGUUUAUUAUUAUUAGGUAACAAGAUCGAUGAUCUCCUUUUCUCUCAUUCGCGAUACGAAGGGCAAUUGAGGGCAAACAACACAAAAAACACAAAAACACAUACACAAGUAAACACAUAUUCACAGGGACAGGGACACAGGUUGGCAGGCAAGGUUGUGGGAGAGGCUUCUUUGGAACACACGAGCAGACAGACAGGCAGUCAAAGCAUGCGGCGACACAAAACAAUGCAAACGUAGAGUAAUACACACACAUCUUAGUCGCUGGCGAAACAUUAAGAAAACCCACAAA